AUGUCACAGGAAGGAGUGUCAGUACCAGGGAAGGGUUCUGUGCUGGUGUUCUCAGGGCUUGUUGCUGACUCGGAUCUGAGUUCUACCAUGUUGAAAUUGGAAUUGAAAGAGGUUUACAGAGGUUCUUCUUCUUCCCCUAUUGCUCCAGAGAGUGAUUCAUCGAGUGCUGCAAAUGGGAGAACCACCUGGACUCCUCCAAUGGAUCAACUGUUCAUAGAACUUAUGGUAGAACAAGUGGUUGAUAAACAAUUACUUGAUGGUCAAUUUAGCAAAACUGCCUGGGAAUAUCCAGAAUGCAAACAAUGGAGGACAAGGUCUCUUCCACAAUAUAAUGAACUAGCUAUGAUAUUUGGUGACAGUAGGGCCACUGGAAAGCAUAGCAGGUUUAGGGAUGAUAAUAAUCGGGACAAUAAUGAGGUUUAUGAGGACCGUGAAGAUAAUACUCAAGACCAGAAUGAGAAUCUUGAAGGCCAGAACGAGUAUAGUAUGGAAACGACAAUGUUAGUGAUGAUAAUAUAUCAUGAACUGCCAACAAAAUCGAGAACAUCAAUAGGAUAUAGUUCUCGUUCGUUUAGAAAGACAAAAAAGAGUACCGGAGAAGGGAUGGUGGAAGAAAUUAAUUUGGCAAGUGCUGUUAACAUUAUAGCGACCAAAAAAGAGGAAAAUGGAAACUCUUCUCUAGAGAAAAGUGUAGUUGUUGCACUUGAGGAAAUAGUAUCAGAAUUGGAUGAGUUUUUAUUCAUGCAAGCUUUAGAGUUAUUGGAAGACGAGAAGAAAGCAAAGAUUUUUAUAGAGUUGAGUGGGGAUAGGAGACGACGUUGGUUAUUGUCGAAGCUUAACUAUUCUGAUUACUAUUAA